AUGUCUUCAGAGCCACCAUCGGACCCCAAAUCAUCGGAACAGAAACCGGCACUUGCAGUUCCGGCGCCAGCAGCAGCAGGAGGAGGAGGAGGAGGAGGAAGUCAAGGUUCAACCUUUCUGUCGAAGCCCAGUUGGGUUCUUCCUCAGAAAACCCAACCUCUGCUGUCCCUUUACAGUAUAGGUAAAAAGUUAGGCCAAGGCCAAUUUGGGACAACCCAUUUGGUGACUGAGAAGUCAUCUGGGAUACAGUACGCCUGCAAGUCUAUACCCAAGAAGAAGCUGAUCUGUAAAGAGGACUAUGAUGAUGUGUGGAGAGAGAUUCAGAUAAUGCACCAUCUUUCUGAGCACCCAAAUGUGGUUAGAAUAAAGGGUACUUAUGAGGAUUAUCUUUGUGUUCAUAUUGUGAUGGAGCUGUGUGCUGGUGGGGAGCUUUUUGAUAGGAUUGUACGCAAGGGUCAUUACAGUGAGAGAGAAGCUGCCAAAUUGAUCAAGACUAUAGUUAAGGUUGUGGAGACUUGCCAUUCUCUCGGGGUCAUGCAUCGAGACCUCAAGCCUGAGAAUUUCUUGUUCACUACUGCCGACGAUGAUGCUACUCUCAAGGCUACUGAUUUCGGUCUUUCCGUGUUUUACCAGCCGGGUGAAAUGUUUUCUGAUGUAGUUGGAAGUCCAUACUAUGUCGCACCAGAGGUUUUGCGUAGGUUCUAUGGACCUGAGUCGGAUGUAUGGAGUGCGGGAGUGAUAUUGUACAUUUUACUUAGUGGUCUCCCCCCUUUCUGGGCAGAAACUGAGAUGGGGAUCUUCCGCCAGAUACUGCAGGGAAAACUUGAUUUUGAUUCAGAACCAUGGCCUUUCAUUUCCGAUACAGCCAAAGAUUUGAUACGAAAAAUGCUAGAGAGAAACCCAAAGAAAAGGUUAACGGCCCACGAAGUUCUAUGCCAUCCAUGGAUUGUUGAUGAUAACAUGGCCCCAGAUAAACCUCUUGAUUCUGCUGUUCUGUCCCGCCUUAAGCAGUUCUCUGCAAUGAACAAACUGAAGAAGAUGGCUUUGCGAGUUAUUGCCGAGCGACUAUCAGAAGAGGAAAUUGGUGGUCUUAAGGAAUUAUUCAGAAUGAUAGAUACAGACAAUAGUGGUACUAUAACUUUUGAUGAGUUGAAAGAAGGUCUAAGGCGAGUAGGUUCGGAAUUAAUGGAGUCUGAGAUCAAGGAUCUCAUGGAAGCAGCGGAUAUUGACAACAGUGGAACAAUUGACUAUGGGGAGUUUCUUGCUGCAACUGUGCACUUGAAUAAGCUGGAAAGAGAGGAGAACCUAGUAUCGGCCUUCUCUUUCUUCGACAAAGAUGGUAGUGGAUACAUAACCAUUGAUGAGCUUCAGCAGGCCUGCAAGGACUUCGGAUUAAGUGAACUCCACCUUGAUGAUAUGAUUAAAGAAAUUGAUCAAGAUAAUGAUGGGCAAAUUGAUUAUGGAGAAUUUGCUGCAAUGAUGAGAAAAGGGAAUGGAGGAGUAGGCAGGAGAACCAUGAGAAAUACUCUAAAAUUGGGAGAAGCCUUAGGAGUUCUACCAAGUUGA